AUACAAAAUACUUCAAAUAUUUACCAUAUACACGAUAGAUACUUGAAAUACAAGUUGCAAUGGCAAUAAAACAUAAAACUUAAAAAAAUUUCUUAGUCUGAUAUAUUAUGGUUUUUUACUUUUUGUAUUUAUGUUGAUAUCAAUACUUUUAUAAAUUUUAUUUACCUCGCCACAUAAAUGUUCCAGAAAUGUGGUCAAAAAAAGCAGAAAAAUCAUUAAAGUAUAGCCUAAAGGUUAUAGAAAAAGAAGGGCAGGAUAAGUGUCAAAAAAUUGAACUUGAACGCAAAAUUAAAGACCGGAAUUAUCGUUUUCAACUAUUUAAACUGUUUGAAGAAACUAGUAAAGUUAACUUUGCAUUAAAGAGUACUGUGUGCAAAAAUGAGAGUAAACCAUUUUCAUUGGGAGAUUCAGUUUUCAAAACUGUAAAUUGUGACCUUGUGAAUUUCAAAGAAGAUUGCAGAAAUAAACGUUUUAUGUCUAAACGCACAGGGAGGUGCAAAUCAAUGCCUUCGUUGCAUCUUUACGUUAAAUCCGAAAACGAAAUUCAUCUUCCACUUAUUAACGUGGAUAAUAAGGUCUUUAAAACCGUCAAAGAAUUAACUUCACCAAAAUUAAUUAAAAAAAGUUCAAUAGAAUAUCUUGGUAAAACGGGCUCAUUUACCUUCGGAAGUAAUUAUCAAAACCAUAACAUUGCAGAAAGUUCAUCAAAAAGCACUCCAUGUUUGGAAGAUUUUUUAAUUGAACCUUUUAAUAGAAAUGUUAAUGAUUAUAAAAUUGAAAAGAAAUAUCAAGAUUCUUCAGAAAAUAAAUCAGGUGAAACGUCCUGCUUAUCUUUUAAAUAUAGACAAUGCAGUGAGAGUAAAGAAAAUGAUCAAUUUGAAUAUGGAGAAUGUUCUGACAGUAAAAGUAACGAAAAAAACAUGUCUUCAAAAACUUCUGAAGAUUAUAAAAAAAGCAAUGCUAAUUUAGGUUGGGUUGAUAACACAACCUAUAUCAAUCGAAAAUCAAAUCGUUGCACAUUUUUAAAUGAAGGUAAACAACAAUUAGUUCUUCCCUCAAUUAUUUAAUUGUAAAAAACAUUUAUUUAAAGUUUUGGUAUAUUUUUUA